AUGGUUAAAGUCGCAGUUUUAGGUGCCGCUGGUGGUAUCGGUCAACCAUUAUCCUUGUUGACCAAAUUGAACCCAAAUGUUGAUGAAUUGGCAUUGUUUGAUGUUGUCAAUGUCCCAGGUGUUGGUGCUGACUUGGGUCACAUCAACUCCAACUCAACCACCGAAUCAUUCUUGCCUUCAUCAAAAGAAGACAAGACUGCUUUGGCCAAUGCAUUGAAGGGUGCUGAUCUUGUCAUAAUCCCAGCUGGUGUUCCAAGAAAGCCAGGUAUGACCAGAGAUGACUUGUUCAACAUCAAUGCCUCCAUCUGUCAAGGUUUGGCUGAAGGUAUCGCCGAAAACAGUCCAAAAGCUUUUGUUUUGGUUAUUUCCAACCCAGUUAACUCCACCGUACCAAUCUUUGCCGAGACCUUGAAAAAGAAGGGUGUCUAUGACCCAGCAAGAUUGUUUGGUGUUACCACUUUGGAUAUCGUCAGAGCCAACACUUUUAUUUCUCAAUUGUUUCCAAAGGAUACUAAACCAACAGAUUUCAAUGUCAAUGUUAUUGGUGGUCACUCUGGUGAAACCAUUGUUCCAUUGUAUUCCCUUGGUUCGACCAAGAAAUACUAUGACGAAUUGAAUGAAGAACAAAAGAAGGCUUUGAUCCACAGAGUCCAAUUUGGUGGUGACGAAGUUGUUCAAGCCAAGAACGGUGCUGGUUCAGCCACUUUGUCUAUGGCUUACGCUGGUUACAGAUUAGCCGAAUCUAUCUUGAAGGCAGUUAGAGGUGAAACCGGAAUUGUUGAAUGCACAUUUUUGAACUUGGAAUCAUCAAUUAAAGGUGCUUCAGAAGCCAAGAAGUUGGUUAAAGAUUUGGACUUUUUUUCUUUGCCAGUCAAGUUGGGUAAGAAUGGUAUUGAAGAGGUACAAUAUGAUAUCUUGAACAAGAUCAACGAUGAUGAAAAGAAGUUGUUGGAAGUUGCCAUUGAGCAAUUGGCCAAGAAUGUUGAAAAAGGUGUUGCAUUUGCUAACAAGUAA